UACGCACUGCAAGCACAACCUUCUUACAAGUCAACAUGUUUGGAUAUCUGUGUUUAUUCCAACUCAUAGAAGUGGUAAUAAGUGGUAAAACAUGCUAUUAUACCAUUAAUUAUAGCUAUUCAUUUCUAUCAUAUAAUGGCAACAAAUAUUGUACCUACGGCUGCUGUUCCAGUUCUACAUUAAGUCCAUGCUGUUCCUCGUCAUAUUCAUAUUUGAAUAGCCUAGGCAACUACAGCUAUACUCUGUCAACAGCUGGAACCAUAGGGGCUGUUGUUGGUAGUCUCAUUGCUUUAUCUAUUUUCGUUUCAAUCAUCUCCUUCAUCUGUAGAAGAAUGAGAGCCCAAAGAGGUGUGCAAGGUCAGGUUAUAUCUCCACCUGCUGUCACAUAUGUAACUACAACUGGAGGCACUGUACCCUCUCCAUACCCUCAAACUGCUUACCAACCCCAAUUUGGGAGUAACAUUAACAUAAUGGGCAGCACUGAACAACUAAAUGUUAUUCCACCAAAUAAUGGAAACACAGCCUGUCCAUCAAAUAAUGGAAACACAGUUUAUCCACCAAGUUAUGGAAACCCAGCUUAUCCACCAAGUCAUGGAAACCCAGCUUAUCCACCAAGUCAUGGAAACCCAGCUUAUCCACCAGGCUACGACAAUCUUGCGCAUGACAACAUGAAAGGAAGUGAAAGUUCAAUGAACACAUGUAGUUGAUCAAAGUUGACAAAAUUUAAAAAAAAAAUAUUAAUACGUUUUUCUUUGUUUGAAUCAUUAUAAGUUUCGGAAUGUUUUCAGAAUAGUUUUUGUAUUUCUAAUUUAGUAUUAAUGCAUGUAUUGCCUUCUCAGAUAUCAAGAUAAUAUAUUUUGAU